UAAUAUUAUGUGCCAGCAAUUAUGUAAAGAACUAAUUCACACUCAGGACAAAGUCGCAGAUGCUCAGGCACAAUCUUCAUUUGCAUAGUGGCCCCCUGCUUGACUAGUCCUGCCUGUAUCCGUCUGUCUCCUCUCACGACCCGUCCGCUCAACCCAUAAUUCCCAGCGUCGACACAACAUGGAAGAGGCCAACAGCUGCAAGAGAACAAUAUUUUGGCUGUGAAAUAACUCAAAGAAUCGAGCGCCGGGAUUACUUUGAACACUGCGAGUCGGCCGUGGCCAUGUACAAGUAAGUGGGACUGCGUUUGUACCAUUUAUUUCUGCCCGAGGUUGUAAAGAUGAGGGAUUGCGCACGGAUGAAAGCUCCGAAUGAAAUCACAGCCGCUCAAGCGAGAGAUGCAUUUAAGCGCCGAGCAUCAUUGUUUCUGCUGCAAGAGACUGUGGCGAUUAGAAGCGCUUUUAGUAAAAAAAAAAAUCGAUCUACCUUUGCAGGCGUACAUUUAUACCAGUCUCGGCGUGCUAUUUACAUCGUAUUUAUCGCCGCAUAUUCUCGGCGGAUUGUGUUACUGUGUGUGGGCUAUAAUUAGUGAUGGUGACGAAUGGAUGAAUGGUAACGAUAUAUCACACUCAUGUACAAGGCAAAACUUGAGAGGCGACAAAAUUACAACGCUGCAGAAGAAACUGUACACGCGAAUCUCAGUGUAUCGGGCUUCGUUUGUUAUAAUGGUAGCGUUGCAACGCGUCGCGUGCGGUGUGGAGAUGGGCUGUUAGCAGUAGCUCUUUCAUCUGCAUGCUAUUGCUGGCUAGCCCGUUCAUCAUUUAGUUCAAUAAAACACUUCUCAGUUUGGUUUGUUUUUUUUUAACUUUAUCUUUCGUAUGUAUUUUGUGGAUAGGUAUAUGGACACACACGAGUUUGUUUAAAAUCUUGUGAUGUGUGGUUCUCAUGUCUCGCUCGUUCUCGUUAGUUAGCCGUUAGCUGCUAAUGGAGUCAUUUAGACCGAGAUGUGUUUGGUAAUUGUGAUGAACGACUAGAUUAGCUGGAUUUGAUAAAAAAGGAUUACACUUUACUCAGUUUAGCUCCGAAAAGUAGAAAGUAAACUUAUAAACGAUGUAAAAUUAAAGUAUCAAUUCACCUAAAAUUCCUUAAACCUUGUCAAAUUAUAUGUAUUAACAGACGGGGCCAUAUCAAUAAGAUUAAGCAGCUAUCCAUUAACGUUAGCUGAUCACAAUAGAGAACAAUGCUGCGGCAACCACAGACUCGGAGUUUGCACCGUGUUUUAUUUUCUAAAAAGAUGGUAAAUCUUAUAUUAAGGGUGUUUUAAGCAUAUAUUGAAACAAUUUUCAAUGUGUUUCCGAAAACAGUUUCAUAGUCGUCCUUUUUAAGCAAGUAUGUCUAAUCUUAUGAUGCUAAGGUUAGCUAACCGAUCGUCAAAAAGGACUGAUUUGGAUCUUCACAAGGGUUGUUUAUAUUUAUUUCCUUGAACUUGUGCUUUUUACCCAUUAAUCAAAACUAAAACAAUAUAUAUAUUUUUUAAUUUCUUUUCUUUGACCCGAAUUUGGUUGAAAUGAUCUCAACACUGAGUAAUCGCCAUAAUUUCCUUAUUGUUAUAUUUUAGACAGCCUUGACUAGACUAAUUAUAAAAAUAUACCAUCUUUUCCCAUUUAGAUCAUGCAUAUUAUAAAUAUGCCUGUCAAUUUAGCAAAGACAUUAAAUGCAAUGAAAACACUUGCUAAGAUAUUGUUUUAUGUUUUUAAGCGAUACUGUAAUAGUUCUGAUAUAAGUUCCUGAUAUAAUUGUUUGUUUGUUUUUUUCAGCUUUCAUCUGUCUGGAGUCUUUCUGACCUUUAAGAGGUUUUUAUUUGUCAGUGACCUACACAGAAAUUAUGACCUUGAUUUUAAAGAAAUCUGAUAGUCUUGGUGGUAUAAACACAUUGCAUUUUACAUAGUAAACUAAUGCAGCAGCAGAUACAUUUACUGAUUUAGCUUUGUCAUAAAAACUGCAUUAUAAUUACAGUUGGCAUAGCCUAAUCACAUGACAGUAUGUCAUACACCCAAUGUGCACAAUUCCCUGAAUCAUCAGCCUGUGUAGUAACUGAAAUCAAUUGUAUUUAUGGACCAGGAAUAAUUAGGAAAAUGAAGCAUUGCAUUUUAUAAUAUUAAUACACUUACUUUGACUAUUCAUAAGAGAAUGUUUUUUUUAUGUAAAUAACUAAUUUACUGCUCAGUAGUACUCAUGCAUUAAACUACUAGAUUUAAUGUCAUAAGCAAUCUCGUAUUUUCUUGUCUUCAUAGCAUAUUUCAUCAAUGAACUUUGGCCUGUGGAAGACCCAAGCAUGAGUAUUAUCCAGGACAAGCUAGGCAAUGAGUUUUUGCGGAACGGAGGCAUGGACCCAAACUUCCCUCCCAGCAUGAUCAUGUUCAGCCAUUUACCUCCAGUGACCAGCUUCACGCGCCUGACUUCACAAACCUCCAUGGCGGAUCUGCCCCAGGAGAUGAUCCUAAAGAAGGAGCGUGACUCUCCUGACCAUGGUGGUGGCUUUCUCCACAGUAUGGGUAUCAAACAGGAGAAGCUCAGCGAAUUGGACUACCGCCUCCCAAUGUAUGCAACGGGAACCGGAACAGCAGGAGGAAAAAGCACUGAUAUGCUGGACAUGUCGCUUGGCAACCACCAGAAUAUGCUUUUGCAUGACCUAAGCCUUAGCAAUCAGUUCUCUGGAAGACUGGGGAAAGACCCUAAAGAAUCUGGGCCUAGAAGAGGGAGAAGAGCAAAUGGAGAAGGACCAGAGGGCAAAACCAGAAGGAAACAAGGGGACUCAGCAAAGUCACUCAUGCUGGAUGGGGAUUCUGGGCCCCUCUCUCCCAACUCUAAACCGCACAUAUGCGAGCACUGCAAUGCAGCCUUCCGUAGUUCCUAUCAUCUGCGCAGACAUGUGCUCAUUCACACAGGUGAGAGGCCUUUUAGGUGCAGUCAAUGUAAUAUGAGCUUCAUACAGAAGUAUCUGCUGCAACGCCAUGAAAAAAUCCACAGCGGGGAGAAACCAUUCAGCUGUGACCAGUGCAACAUGCGCUUUAUUCAGAAAUACCAUAUGGAGAGACACAAAAGGACACACAGUGGAGAAAAGCCAUAUAAAUGUGACACCUGCUUACAGUAUUUCUCACGGACGGAUCGAUUACUGAAGCACAAGAGAACCUGUGGAGAAGCCAUAAAGAAAGGUCUGGACCCAGGGAUGCUGGACCUUGGAGAUGAGGAUAUGGGACAAGGCAGCUACCUACUCACUCAGGGAAACACCAGCGCCCCACCACGCAAGAGGGGCAAGUCCAAAAGUGGCAAUGACGGAGGAGAGCGGCGAAGGAAGAAAGGAGCAGCUGCGGGAGGAGGAGUGCAAAUGGCACGAGGACUCGGCCCACAGGACUACACCUUGGACAUCCCCAGUGGAUCAGGGGCAUCUUCUUCAGGGGCUCUGGCUGAGACAAGCAUGGACAACCAGCAUGGACGCACACCCAAGCUUGUCUUUAAGAAAGGUGGCCACAAGGGAAUGGACAAGGGUCCGGUUUCUAUGGAGGAGGCCAACCAUGAGCAGAAGCUGCUGACGCAGAAGCAAGGAUCUAUGGACAUGUCUGGAGCUGGAAGUAUGGAUGGUCUCAGCCUCCUUCAAACCUCUGGUGGCCCCAAACAAGGAGGUACCAGCAGCAACUACGACGAUGCCAUGCAGUUUUUGAAAAAAAGACGGUACCUGCAUGCUGCUAACAGCAGCGCUGCAGCUGACUUUAGCUCUGUCCACCUUCCGCAGCCGACGGUCAUCCAAGGUGGCAUAGGAGAACCUACACUAGCCUUGCUUGACACCUCGCCUUUGGUAAGCGUUGACAAGCAUGACAAAUCAGGGAUCCCAGAUGAGGUGCUGCAGAGCCUGUUGGACCAUUACAGCCACAAAUCCGAUGGCUCUCACCACGAUGUGACUUUUGAUCUGCAAGACUCUCACCAUGUGGAACUGCAGCCCGCCUCUGCCACCUCUGAACUGGGCCAGGAUGAGGUAUCUCCUGGCUCUGGAGACAAGAGUGGGGUGAUGAACGAGUACUCCAAGUUCUUGCUCCAGACCUUGGAGAGAACCAGCCAUAGCAGCAGUUUCAUUUUGGGCCCGUCUGGACCCUUCCCAAGCCUCCUGUCGUCCAGCAGCAGCCCUGUUAGCACACUCUUCCCAGAAAAGAACAUCUACACCACCUCACCACUAGAUUGCGGAUUUGGACAGCCCAUUUCCUCCCCUCUUGCACCUUCCUCUUCAACUUCCUUAAGCAAGUCCCAUUAUGGAAUGCUGGUAGGUUCUCCGUCACCCUCCCAUGCCUCACCAUCCUCCCAGCAGUCCUUUCAUCUCAGCAGUCUGGAGCCAGCUCCGCACCAGCAGCUUACUCCAUCUCAAGAGCUCACUGACCAGCUGGAGAAGCAGCACUCGCCACCGUACGCUCUCGCAACUCAGGAGCUGACCAAUGGCAGCCAGAAAGACCAGCAGACCAAGAACGGCAGCUCUUCUGUCAAUGGCAGCAACAACGGGAACGGCACCGGUGGUGGCUCAUCUAAUGGCUCUGUCUAUCCUGACCUUGCUGCCCUGGAGUCGUCUAAGGAAGUGGACAUGCGUUCCACCUACCAGAUAGAGAACUUCGCCCAAGCCUUCGGCUCUCAGUUCAAGUCUGGUCGACGAACCCCGCUAGGUUACGGCAGCGACCCACGAGUGGGCAUCACAGAGGUCGACCACAGGAUACAGCGGACUCCCGUAUCUGAAUUCUCAGGGUAUACUAGUCUCUUAGCAGAUGUCAACGAGCCGGCUAGCUCAGGAUCCAAAACCCCCACAAGCCAAAGCUACAGGUAAAGGUUAAGGGAGCUCACCUGACCCUGUUAUGUGGGAUGAGGACUGUCUCUAAUGCGUCCCUCUCCUCGCUGAGUAAAACUUUAAUUAUUACACUGCCAUUAAAUGUCAAUAGAAGACGUUACCAGGGAAGGUCUACAAGACCUCAGAUGCAAUUUUUCACUUUUUAAAAAAAAAAUUUUUUUUAUGUGUUUUAGUCAUUUUGUUUUAUUAGCGUAGUGGAUGUAAGGCUAGAUUUGAAUAUUUCCAGCGAUAUUAGAGGCUAGCGAAGGACUUCUUUCAGAAACCUUGUAUGUCUUAGCAAUCAUAGUCUAAUUGUAAGAUUAAGUUAAUAAUGGAAGAUGAUUUUACAGUAAUAACAGAUGUCAGGGAGUGGCCCAGUAUUCAAUGGCAAAAAAAAUGUAUUGUCUGUUACAAUGAUCUAAAGUAUUACUCAGGAAAAAGCAGUAACUUUUUUUUAAACGAGGUGCACUAGCGCCCCUUUUUUUUUUACAGGUGUACGUUUGAAAUGACAGUGAAGCUUUUUGUUUUUGAAAUUCCUUGAAGAAAAAGACAGUCAAUCGGGAAACUGCGUGUUCAGUGGAAUGACACUGGUGGCUCUUUCCACUUCUUGUGCAUUUGUAAAGUUUAUGGUACUUCUGAUAUCAAUGUGAAAACACUUUCAUCCCUAAGGGCCAUGUUUAAAAACACAAAAAACAUACUGGUAGGCAGAUACAAACAUUCUAGCGUAUGUAGAUAUUUAUUUGUAGCUACAUGGAACUUGCAUAACUAUUGUCUCAGGGUGAGCAGUAAUUCUUAUCCCCUUCUUUAAACUUUACUCUUUGUCAGCUGACAUCACUUUGAUCUCUCAAGGAAUCAAAUAAGCACUUUUAUAAACCACUGAAAGCAAGAAUUCAGAUUCAGGACACAUAAAACUAUUAUUUUUGAUGAAGAAAGCUGUGAUUUUUAAAAGUAGGGGAGGGAACGGCAGAUUUGCCAUAACAAAGGGCAUUUUUGAAUAUUCAUUGGGGUUAUAGGUGAUAUUUUGUUCCUUUAAUUGAAAACACUGUUAUUGGACGUGAAUGCCACUUUUUUUUUUUUUUUUUUAAUAGUUGUGGGCUACUUCGAGGCAUUUUUUUGUGCUGAAGGUGUUCAGGUAUCAUGACUAUUUGACUUGGGCUGAGCAGCAACAUUUGGAGUUCUACCUCUUAUAGUGUGGUUUUGAAUUUAAUGCCUGACAAAAUUGCAAGCUUCCUUUUUAAAUGGUUGGAGGGAGAAGAACCCAAUGAAUUGGAAGGACCUAAACCUGUGGUGUUUGUUUUUAAAUGAGCAGUGAAUUAGGAAAAGACUUCAUGUUGAGACGAGGUGUUUUCUUCCCAAUGCAAUUUUUCAUGUCCUUGGUAAGAGUGGUGGGCUGCUUUGUCUUCCUGGUUUUUGGCCCAUGCAGCAAGCCUAUGUCCCGCGUGAGGCCUUUCGGUGGUCUUGCCGUUUUUUUCCCCUGCCUUUUACUUAAACCUGUCCCAGAGAAAUGCCAUCAGUGUGAUGGUAUCAAGAACAAAGUCUGAAUGCUGCACUCCAAACUCGUUCCAUGCUUUUAUAGAAUGAAAUGAAAAAAAUAAGGAAAAGAGUGGCGUGAAGAAUAGGAUUGACCUUAAUAUACCUCAUAUCAUUGUAAAAAUGAGAAACCAGGGACAUGUUUCAUGUAGUGGAAAUAUUGUAGUAUGCGUCAACUUAUUGUAUAAUCAUUUAAUGCCACCUGUGUUUACAGUUAAAGUUGAUUUCUUGGAAUACAAAUGUACUAUUUUAUUUCUUUUCUGUUAAGCGGUGAUGCCAAGCAGUGUUUCAUUGUAGAAUAAUCCCUAGAAUUUCAUGAAAUGUCUCGUUUCCCCCUUGUUUUUGUUACUUGCUAUGUGUUUUGAUAUGGUUUCUAGAGAGACUUUGUUUACAAUAAUGUACAAAAACACUAAAAAUGUUUUUGUUUUCUUUUUGUUUCUGAUAUGCAUGAUAUGAAGUUGUUUUUAUGGCUUUCUUCUGAUCACUAUUGCACCAAAUGUUUGUAGCAUAUAUGUCCCCGACUUCAGUCUCAUUUGUCACAGGGCUGUACAUGUCAGAUGACUUUAUAAAUGAUUAGGUAAGCCAAUAAAAACGUUUUGUUAUAAAACAAACCCCAUUUUAACAUUUGUCCAGAUAAGGUUAAUGAGAUAUAGGGCAGCUGAUGUCAAGACAGGAAAUAACAAUGAUUGUUUUCUCAGCUCUUGGUAAUGUGAGAAUAUGUGGGGGAAAAAAUCAAUGUAAAAUGUAAUAUUUAAUUUUUAUUAUUUUAUUAUUUUUUUAAAUUGGGUUAUAGAUGGGUAGGUCACAGGGAGAAAGAAAAAAGGUGUGUAAAGAUGAGGCCAUUUAAAAAGAUCUUUGUGCUAUGGUGGAUAUUAAUGUAUAUUAAUUUGCUAUUUUUUUCUAGUCAUGGCCAAAUUAAAGAAAAUCUCAAAGGUAAAAAACGAGGAUAACAAUAAGAUGAUGAUAAUUGGAAGCAAAAAUUGUUAGAAGUGCUAUGGAGGGUGCACUCAAUUAAAUUUUCUUGGCUAAAAUAUUUUUUAAAAAUCAUCUGAAUUAGAUUGAAGUAUGCCUAAGUAUAAAAUGUAGUUGCUUUUCAAUUUGCCAAACUGAAUUGUUUGAAACUUUCGUUCUUUUGUUUUAAAAGGUCAUACUUGAAUUUUAUUAAAACACAAUUUAUUCUUAAUUCAUAUACACCAUUUACUCAAUUUAAUUUUGAUGGCAAUUUACAUACAGUUGCGUAAAAAUAUAAAUAUUUGAGUUUUCCAAAAUUUUCACCAUAUAGAACAAUACGUUUUUGUCUGUAUCUGUCAACAGAGGAAAUGCAACAAACCAUGUUAGACUGUUUAACAUCCUUACCAUAUGGUUAUUUAUUGAAUCUUUAUCUGUUCUGUACCACCAGGUGGCAGCAAAAUAGGUCUUUUAUAAAGGCCCCUUGGCUCAAAUUCUUUUGUUGCAGCAAAAAGGUGUGUAUCAGACCAAAACAAAUGAUUUACUUUUUUUUUUUUUUUUUUAUAUAUCUGACAAGGAAGAACCAUUUCCCGUUAUUGAAUGUUGCCAAAUGUGAUGAAUACUCAUGUUAAAUAAACAUCAGUUCUUCUGGGCAAGGCUUUACUGGGGACCAUAAAAAUUGAUGGGAGUGUGUGAAUUUACUUGCCAUUUAUAUCAAAAGUAUAUAAAUUGAUCUGUUCUGACACUAUUGGUAUAUAAUGGACAGAGGUCCAUGCUGGUAUACCUUACAGAAAAAUUAAACUUUAUUCAUAUUUUCAUGAUUGUAUUCCCUGGUGGGAAAAAAGAUAUCAAGCAUAAAUUACAGUACAAAGGGCUUUGUUUUAUGAGCUUGUACAAGGAGGUUUCAUGUUGUGGAGAAACAGAUUGUUUCCUGAUUGGACAUAAUUUAACCAAAUCAGUUGUUUUGUUUUGAUUAAUAUUAUUUUUCUUUUUUUGUGUGUGUACAUUUCCUCAUUUCCUCUGACGCUAUCAAAUGUAAAUAUUACAGUCUGAGGUCAUCUAUGUAUCUCAAUCAAAACAGACCAGGUGCAUAAUGGCUGUUUUUUAUUUGUUCUUUAUUUGCCAACAGUAAAGAAUGGGUUGGACUUCAGGUAAAUGGACUCAGUGACUUGGCAACAGGACAAUUUAAGUUCCCAGUAAGUCAGGCUUCACUGUUAUGAUGCUUUGAACUAUCAAACUUAACAAUACUCUAUUUCAUUAUGUUUUUAGUCUUUCAUUACAUGGCAGACUGUUUAAGCCAAUGGUUUAGUCAGCAGCUAGAUUUAAUGUGUUACUACAUUAAAAUAAUGCCUCUCUGAUUCAGCUCUCAUAAGUAGUAUAAAUGUUAAAUAAUGAAUAUGAAAUCGUCUGUUACAGUUUUAACAGCUAUUUAAUGGGUUUUUCAGCUUUUUCACACUAUAACCUAGUAAACUAGAAACAAGGGUCUUUUCUAUGCAUACGACAUGGACAGCAGCAGGUGUUUCAAAAACAGGUAAUACAGUCAUUCAGAAAAUGUUGCUGGUACCAGUCCUCUAUGUCAGAAUUAAAAAAAGUCUCAUUCAGAUGUCUCAGUGACUCAGCUGGACCAAUCUGAUACUAGAGCACAUAUGUCAGAAGAGGGGCAAAGUGCGUUGGGUGUUCUAGAUUAAUAAAACACUUAAUUACAAACCUGA